CCUCUUCGGACGUUUGACACACACGUCAAUUCCCAAAGAUUUUCCGAUAUAAAUUACUUUUUAAUUGAUGGACAGCCCGAGUUUCGGCCAUUAGUGGAACGAUCAUGGAUUUGUUCAGACAGAAUGGUGUUAUAUUCGCCACCUUGGUGCUUGCGAGCGCUAGCUUCUGCGUAGCGGACGAGAUGAAGACCCUGCCCGAUGCAAGCGUCUUCGAGAUGAAACCUCCCAAACAAUUUAUGGACCUAUUCAAACCGGACCACAGCAAAAAUCUCAUUAAUCCAAUGAAAUCUUAUGUUGAUGCAAUGUAUAACGGACAUUUAAAAUCUCUCCCAGAUCCUUCUGUAUUUGAAAUCAAGCCUCCCAAAGAGUUUUUAGAACUAUUCAAAUUCAAAGAAAAGGAUAGUGGCGACAGUGUAGCUAAAGAUAAAGAAGUUCUUGUCAGUCCAAUGAAGGAUUCUUCCAACUCUGAUAAAAUGCUUAAAACUGAACAAGAAAAAUCGAAAGCUCUUCCGGAGAUAGCUACAUCUGAAUUGCCACCACCGCUUGCACCUAAGGAAGCGUCUGAUAGUACAGCUGAAGAUAAAGAGGAACUUCCUAAAUCUGUGACAGAGUCCUCGACUGUAACUACGAGUUUGCCUGACCUCUUUGACCCAUCAGUUUUCGAGAUGACUCCGCCCAAAGCAUUCUUGGACCUAUUUCAUCUAGGAGAUGAGGGAGAUGUUCAUAACGACGAUAAAGACAAAGACUCAUCUGAUCAGAGCCAUGAUCUAUAUGAAAAGAAAUUACCCGUGUUCGAUAUUAAACCACCAAAAGAGUUUAUUAAAUUUUUCCAUUUAGAAGAAAGUGAAAGAUACACGCCAAUGAGAUAUCCAGGUUGGGCUUUUCAAGUGAACGAUGGAGGACCAAUAAAAAAGCUUGAAAACUGGUUUGGACUUAACAAAAAGGACGAUGAUGAUGACAUUCUAGUAAAAAAGGAGAAUUUAAGAAAGGCAGAUGAUGAAGAGAAGAUCGUAGGAAUAGAGAGUGAGAAAAAAGAGAAGGUUAGCGAAAUAACAGAUGACAUUGAAGAUAUUAAAGUAGAAAAAUCUAGAGGGGAAGAGAGCUUAAAAGCUCCACUUAAGAUUUCUUCAACUAUUGUAACACCAAAUCCACAUGACGAGAAACUGGUAAAGACUAAUAAAUAUGCUGACGCUAUCAUAUUCCCUAAAGUAGAAAAUUUAGACAAAAAAGGGAUAGAAGAUAAGGCAGGAAAAGAAUCAAAACCAAAUGACAAAUUGAGUAGUGUUGAAAAAGCAGAAGAGAAACCAUCUCCACCAAAAUCAUCAGAGAGUCCUAUUUUCGUCCCAGCUCAGUUAUUGACAGACCCAGAAAGUUAUGGCCUGGGCAAUAUUUUGAUGUUGAUGUCACGACGCAAACAUACUCAUGGGAAUUAUUUACCUUUAGCUCCGCUGACCAACCAAGGUGUGAAACCUAAUGGCAAUGUUGUUCUUCCAAACUCCCAGCCUCUCUUUACGAGCGUUCCAUACGUGUCAAAUGGCGUGACAGUGAGCUACGUUUUGGCAAAUGGAGUCCCUUCCAAUGGACAAAUAGCUCCAAAUUACCCAAUAACUUCGGGACAGGGUGUUAUUUUGAAUCCUGUUGUUGGCGGUUAUGGCCAGAAUGUCUACGCUCUUGUACCAGCUAAUCAAUAUCAAUCCAAUUUAUAUCAUGUGCCGAUAAAUGGAUAUUAAAUGAGCAAGUAGAUAAUUGGUUCCGGCUCUUAGAAAUGUAAGGGCCACUAAAGAAGUUUAUUUGUAAAGAACUUGAUUUUAAUGAUAACUAUAAUAAAUACUUAAUUGUGUAAACAAUUUACACAAUAAUCGAUGUAUUGAGUACUUAUUUUAACAUAAAACAUGUAAA